AGUCUUUUAUGAAGUCUUUAUGAAGUUUUUGAGUUGCCAUUAAACUUUAGUGAUAAAAUUGGAGAAGGAUCUUCGGCAAAUAUCUUUAAGUUGCCUUUAAGAAGUAAGCAAACAGCAGUAAAAGUAAUAAAGACACAGUUUUCGCAACGCAAAAUUGUUUCUAUUGCAACUAAACUCAGGCAGUUAAAACACAAAAACAUUGUAAAGUUUAAAGGCUUUUCCAUAAGACUAACUGCCCUUAUAUUUGAGUUAUGCUGUUUAGAUAUUUUCAAUAAUCAGACAUCAAAUUUGUCUUAACUAAUUUCUCAUUUAAAUGAAGAAAACAAUUUUUCUUUUUCCCAGAGAUUGAAAUUUAUCCAUCAGUCAUCAAAUGGUAUUAUGUACUUACAUGAAUGUGGGAUUAUUCAUAGAGACAUUAAACAUUCUAAUCUACUUGUUACUGGUACUUCAAAAGAUAUAAUAAUUAAAGUUAGUGAUUUUGAUGAUCUCGUAGACAUUAAAGAAACAGUAGCUUUGACAAUGAUAAAACAAAAUAUAAAUGGCAUGACUUUAGCUUAUACAUCUCCUGAAAUUAUUAAAUGUGAAGUUGAAGCUCAAAAUGAAAAAUCCGAUAUCUAUGCACUUGCAAUCACUGCAUUUGAGAUAAUUAGUAAUUUUUCAUCAGUUUGGCAUGGUAUUAUUCCUGUUUUAAAAGAUAUUCUUUUAAUGAAUGCUGUAGUAUCUGGUAAACGACCAAAUGUUAAUCACCUGUUAACACUUUAUGGUAAAGAAAAUAUAAAUGUUCAUAAAUUUAUAAGUUUCAUUCAACAAGGUUGGGGAGAUAAUCCUUCUUUGCAACCAACUAUUUCUGUGUGGACGGAGACAUUAACCCAGAAAAUGGAUUUUGUAACAGUGAGAUUUUUUCAGUUAUUUUAA